AUGCUUAAAAAGAAGACGCUGGCUCCGUCCCUCUUCUUCCGGAAUCACACCCCGACCGCAACCCCCGAAUUGUCUCCCACUUCCUCCGACAGCGACUCUGAAGAGGACAUGGAAUCCUCUGGCUCCCGACCGGUCAGCCUGGCGGGAGCCUUCUCCAUGCGUCCGACCCUCGACGAGGUCCUCGCCAAUGUCGCCCCGCCCCCAUAUACCCUCAGCGCCUUCAUGGCCUACCUUUCUCAAAACCACUGUCUCGAAACCCUGGAAUUCACCAUGGAGGCCAACCGCUACCGGGAAUCGUACUACGCCCUGCUCGACCGUCUCGGCCCCAGCGCCCUGGACUCCGAAUGCCCGGAAAGCCAACACAUGCGGAUGCUCUGGCAACGCCUAUUGACCGCUUAUAUCUUCCCGGGCUCCCCUCGCGAGAUCAACCUCUCCAGCGAAGUCCGCGACGCCCUUCUCCAGCACGCGAAUGUCACCGCACCCCCCGUGCCCGAGACCCUCGACUCCGCCGUCAAACGCAUCCACGACCUCAUGGAGGAAUCCAUCUUCCUCCCCUUCAUCAACAGCCACACCACUUCCCCCUCCAUGAUGCCCGCUGAGCCCCUAAUGGGCCCAGAAGACAUCCUCAACCUCUCUUCGACCUCCCUAGACGAACACCCCAUGAAACGGGACCUCCCGUCAACAGGCCACAGCCGCGCGGCAAUGUCCCUCGGCCAGGCUAUCAGCAAGCGCACUUCCGGCACGCUGCUCAGCACCAGCGUCGAGUCGGCCUCCGGCUCCGUCGCCUUGACGGAUGACUCUUCGCCUCAGUCCAGUCCUACUGCCGAGGAACCAAUGACUCCUCCCACUACUCCGCCUGCUGGUGAACCUCACCUGCCUACGAGCCCCAAGCUUCGUACCGACAACCCUUGGAAGAAGAUGGGUAUGAAGCUCGGGUUCAAGAAGCGGUCUGGUGGAUCUGGCGGUGCUUCGCGGGAUCCUAAGAUCCUUGGACUGGACGACCAUCUUUGA